AUGUCUACCAACUCUGGUUUCGCAAAUGAAGCCCCGCGUCUUCCUAGCAAGAAUGAGAUGGAAUUUUUGGCUUUGUUAAAGAAGAUUACUAUUCAAGAAACGAUCGAUCAUGAUAUUAUUGAGCAAGGUAAGCAUGCACUCUAUUCUCUCCGCAACUUUGUGGCUAAUCUAAAACGUUCAGAUACCUCAGACCAAGCUCUCGUCGGACAAUCAGACUCUACCCAAAUUGCAGACAACCAAUUCCCCUCAUCAACUCAAAGCGAAAUAGCGACUACAGUAAAAACACUCCUAUUGCAGAUCGGCGAGAAUCCAAACCGUGAAGGCCUAAAAAAGACACCUGACCGCUACGCGAAAGCACUCCUAGACCUUACCAAAGGAUAUAAAAGCAGCGUGGAAGAUGUGGUUAAUGGUGCCAUUUUCAAUGUCGAUACCAAGGAUAUCGUCAUUGUGAGUGACAUUGAUGUUUCUAGCUUGUGUGAACAUCACAUGUUACCGUUUUUCGGAAAGGUAUGUUUCGCUACUUAAACGCGCCGUGUAUUAGGUCACUUCUGGGUGCGUGGAUCGUGGAAACUUUCAAUAAAUUUCAUGCGGCAUUAGCCCAAUGCUUAAUAUGUUCUGCCCCCAAGUCUUUUUUUCCUAUCCGAUAUGUAUCGGAUGAUUCCACUUGUUUGGAGUGUACAAACAAGUCUUUGGGAAACAUUUAUUUAACUUUGAAUUGGGCCCAUAAAUCCGUACAUCCACUAGGCACCACUUCCUAGAUCCAUUACAGGAACAUGCUUUCCUCAUACUUUUAUUUACCAUUCAUUCACAGACUAACAUAAACAAAUCAAGGUACACAUUGGAUACAUUCCCAACGGUCGGGUUAUCGGGUUGUCGAAACUACUGCGCAUUGUUGAUAUCUUCGCACGCAGAUUACAAGUGCAGGAACGAUUAACGAAGCAGAUUGCAGAGGCAAUAGAGGAGGUUUUGAGUCCGCUAGGAGUUGCUGUAAUUCUGGAGUGUAAACACAUGUGCAUGAUGAUGAGAGGUGUAGAGAAGACGGGGUCCCUGACAUCGACUAAAUGGAUGAGUGGCCUGUUGAAAGAUGAUCUGAAUGAACAGAGAAACUUUCAUACUCUACUCGGUAUGAGACGGAGGGAUUAGAAUUUAGUUGGGUAGUAGAAGAAAAUGGGAGAUCGAGAGAAUUGUGUACCUAAAAACUGAUAGACAGGAUCGGGUAUGACAUCAAACACAUGGAAUCGAGUUCGUAAUGGCAAGCUGAUCUUUUACUAAGUGACAAAAUCUCCAGUUUCCUUGACUCGAUAGCAGAAAAUGUAAAAAGAGGUAUGCCUCACAUAUGA